AACUACAUCCUCAAAGCCUUGUCUAACCAAACACAAAUGGAUAUGGUUCUUCGAAAGCUCUUCCUCGCCCUCUUCCUUCUUCAAUUUCCCUUCUUCCUCGCCCCAAUCCAAGCAGCCAAUUCAAACCUCUUCAGAGAAUACAUUGGGGCCAUGUUCAAAAACGUCAAAUUCUCCGACAUGCCCAUAAACCCUAACGUUGAAGCCCACUUCAUCUUGUCCUUCGCCAUCGACUACACCACCUCGUCUAAUUCCCACUCCCCCACCAACGGAAAAUUCAACAUUUUUUGGGACUCCGAUAAUCUAAGCCCUUCUCAGGUCUCCUCCAUCAAGGCCCAGCACCCUAACGUCAAAGUGGCUCUCAGCAUCGGCGGAGACAGCGUCGGAGAUGGCAAAGUUUUCUUCACCCCUUCCUCUGUAGAUUCCUGGGUUUCAAACGCCGUCGCUUCGCUCACAAGCCUCAUCAAAGAGUAUAAUCUGGACGGCAUCGACAUCGACUACGAACACUUCAAAUCCGAUCCCCAAACCUUCUCCGAGUGCAUAGGAAGGCUGAUAAGAACGCUGAAACAGAACGGAGUCAUCUCCUUCGCCUCCAUAGCUCCGUUCGACGAUGAGGAAGUCCAGCGAAAUUACUUGGCUUUGUGGAGAAGCUAUGGCCAUCUCAUAGACUAUGUGAACUUCCAGUUCUACGCCUAUGACCAGAGCACCACCGUUUCGCAAUUCCUGGAUUACUUCAAGACCCAAAGCGCAAACUACAAAGGGGGUAAGGUUCUGGUGAGUUUCAUCAGCGACGGAAGCAAGGGGUUGUCGCCGGAAAAGGGAUUCUUCACGGCCUGCAGCAAGCUGAAGAGCCAGCAACAGCUGAAUGGGGUUUUUGCGUGGUGUGCAGAUGAUUCAAAGGCCAGUGGGUUUCGGUAUGAGAAGCGGUCUCAGUCACUGUUAGCACAGCCCUAAAAGUAAUCUUGACAAAAAAUUGGCUGCUGUAUAUCUAGCCUAUGUUGUGUGUCGUGUGACUUUUUGUCUGUCUGUGAGUGAUAAUAAUAUAUAUAUGUACUGUUUUUCUUUCACUGUAUCCACUACCACUACCACCACCACCACGAGUGGUAGUAAAUGUAUGUGGGUACAAUAUUGAAGAUUCCAAUGCUUCUUUCUGUCUCUGUUUCUGCUUCUUCUCAAUAAAAACAUGAAAACUACAUCCUACCCUCCUCAAA